AUUGUAAUGAUAAAUGUAAAUUCAUAUUCCCAUAUUACAUAACAGAACAAGAAUCUAAAGCUAAUAUUCACUUAAGAUCACAUGUUAAAUUGGCUGAAUCUUUAGAUCGUAUUCUAGUGAUACCAAAUGUUGGCUCAUCAAGAUUCGCAGCAUCUUCGCCAUUUCCCCCAACUUUCUAUUAUGAUUUUAACUUAUUAAAAAAAAUGUUUCCAAAUGCAAAACUUGUCCCUCAAGAAGAAUACGAACAAUGGAUUGAAAAUCAACCAAAUCAUAAAAAAAUUAUUGCUGAGCACAUCACUUUAUCAGAAACUAAAGACGUCAAUGACAUUAUGUUUACUAAAGGUUAUUACGAAGAACUAGAACAACAGCAAGAUCAACAAAUUGGACUGUAUAAAAGUUUUACUAUUCUAAAAAAUUCUUCUAAUUAUAGAAAACAGAUGAAUUCUAUUAAUAAGAAUAAGAAUAUUUUAUACAAAUUCAAAAUAAACAUAACAAAACUUAAGGAAGUUUGGAUGUUAAUGGCAAGGAAACGUGACGAAUUCUCUGAAUUCAUGAUUAAAAGUUUGGAAUCCGAUUCACAAAUAUUACUAACUAAUGUUAGACUGAAACGAUCAAUUUUUUCAAACUUAAACAAGCCAAUUCCUUAUGCAGAACAUAUAAGGAAUGAAGCUUUAAAAAUUUCCAAUCAGCUUGAAUCAUCAUAUAUUGCAAUACAUUGGAGAAUGGAAGGAGAAUUGCCAGAGAAUAUGCCAAAUUGUGCCAUAGAAUUGGUUAAAGCAAUACAAAAAAUAAGAGAAGACACUGGAAUAAAAAAUGUUUAUUUGGCAACUGAUUUCCCCAUAACUUGUGAGAAGAAUGGUAGUAUAAACAUCAAAACUUGGAAAUCUUUAAAUGCUUUUGGAUAUUUAAAUUACAUUGGAAAAGAAGAGAAAAAUAAUGGAGAUCUUUUAGUUAAUGAAUUACAAGGUUCUGGUGUACAAGGGAUAUUAGAUAAAUUAGUUUGUAUAAAUUCAAAUUAUUUCUUAAGUGGUCCAGAAGGUUGCUGUAAAGUACUAUCAAGUUAUACAAGACAAAUUGCAAAUUCAAGAGAACAAUUGUUGAGUGAAGGAAAUAAAAAUAUAUUAAAUAGUAUCACAAGAUGGAAAAAUAAUAAUUAG